AUGUUGGGGUCCCUGAGGUCUCUCGUUCGAGGGAAAAGCAAGCGGUCAAUCAAAGGUGCCGGCGCAGGCGACGACAAGAACGCUAACGACGGCAAGGGCAGCAGCAACGGGAAGCUGCAAGCAGUGGGCCAGGAGAAACAAAACGGCGGCGGGAAGAAGGACGACGACGGCAGCCCGUCGAGCCAGUCCAGCUUCUUCUCCAGCGGCACCGGCGAAGCGUCUCUGUCUUCGGGGUCCGCCUCCCCGGUGCCCCCGGGCUCCCUGUCUCCGUCACCCACGCAGCCUCGCCACGUGAACAACAACGCCAAGGUCAAGGGAGGGGACAAGAACAACGUCAAGGCGGGAGGGGAGGAGGAGGCGGGCUCGGGCUCCCCGAGCACGCAGCGCAGCAACAGCGGCGGCAGCACAGGGGGAGGCUGGUACGCCGACGGCGGGGGCGGGGGCGGCGGCGGCGGCUCUCGCCGCCGCCAGGAUGACAUCCAGCCCCCUCCUUACCACGCUCUCGUCGCGUCCCCGCCGCAAGCUCCCGCCCGGUCUGACGCUGACGCGCCAGCCGGGAGGCCGAGGGGCCAGCGCCACAUCCUCACGAAGAAGGACAGAAGCAGGAGCCGACGCCGCAUGAAGGGUAAACGUAGCAGCAGCAGCGCCGCCGCCCAGUCGUGUAGCUACCCCGUCGGCAGCAGCAUCGGCGGCGUUGGCGACCCUCACAUGUCCCCGGCGGAGAAGGCCGCUCUUCGCGCGGCUGGCGAGGACAGCUUUGCCACCAUCGAGGAGCAGCAGGGGUACCACGACGAGAACCAGGAGCAGGAGGAGAGCGACCAGGAGGAGAGCGCCGGCGGCGGUCGCGGGCAGAGGGCGGAGACAGAGGAAAAGGAUCCAAGCAAGCAAAACGUUGGAGUUCCCGACCUGGAGAAAGCUUUCAUCAGGUCCCUCGCCGAGAUAGACGCCGACGCGAAGGCCUACAACAACCGCGUGCGGCCGUUGCUGGCGCACAUCCCCCGUCCACGCCUCUUCGGUGCCGUGGCCCCCGCCCCCGGCGUCGCCCGAAGCGACGACGGCGGCUUUGGCGGCUCGAAGAAGCUGGUGCCUAUGGGCCACAAGAAGACGCUGGUGCUGGACCUGGACGAGACGCUGGUUUCGAGCAGCCGGACGCCUUGCGACUGCGACUACAAGGUCGUGUUCAAGAUUCACAGCCGAGAGAAGGCCAGCAACAACCAGGAGAACACGCCCUUCUUCGCGGCUAACGCGGACGCGCCCGAUGCCAACAACAGCGAUGGCAUCCAGCACGCAGGCGGGUACUACGGUGGAGACGACGACAUCGUGCAGGAGAUCGUCUACUACGUGCAGCUACGACCGGGCCUGGCCAGGUUUCUCGAGAAGGUUGCCGCCAUCUAUGAGCUCGUGGUCUGGACCGCCUCGGGGAGGUCCUACGCCGACGCGAUCAUCGAUCUCCUCGACCCGGCCGGUGACAUCUUCGCCGAGAGGUUCUACCGCGACUCCUGCCUCCGUCACCACAACCUCUGCGUCAAGGACCUGCGGCGGCUGGGCCGGCCCAUGAACACGGUCGUCCUCCUGGACAACUACGUCUACAGCUUCGGGUUGACCCUCGACAACGGGGUGCCCAUCUCCCCGUGGACUGGCGCAAAGGAGGCAAAGAACUCCGGCUUGACGACGGCCUAUUCCCUUCUCCGUGGCAUCUCCCGCUUCCCGGACGUACGCGUGCCUCUGGUCACUGCUUUCGACCUGCAGCGCAAGAUCCACGGCUACCGCUUCCCCUUGCCCCCGACCACGCUGGGAGCCGCCGUACCAGCGUCGACGUUUCUCAAGCUGCGAAGCGAUUGACUCGAUAACCUAUCGAAGCUCUGGUCGGGGAUUGUUAACUGUGUAUUCAUUGGAUGGUUUCUUGCACCCAUCCGAUGGUAGAUUUGCACACGCACGGCACGGCCAUGGCCCAGUUUGCUUCGCGGCGUUACGGUACUCGCGUAGAAACCGUGUGAUUUUGUUUCUAAGGGAUUGUGUACGGGGGGGGGGGUUCACGUGCGUGUCUAUUAUUCCAUUUGUGGAAUGUUCAUGGAAGCAUCAGGUUCCUGAACCGCGGGCAUCACGAUCGCGACCUGCUUAAUUGAUUGAAUGUUCUCGAAGAAGGUGGUUGGUUGUCAAUUUCUUUACUGUGAUUAUCUGGGCUACUUGAGAUUUCUUUAACUGGGAUUCUCGGGGCUACUUACUAUAUUUGCGUCUUGAAGGAAUGUGAUUGGUUGUCCAAUUCCUUUACUGGGAAGUAGUGAGGAAAGUGACUCGGGGGGUAUCUAGAUAUACCUAUGGAGAUACCCCCGCCCUCGACCACGCGUCCUGCUAGGUGUCCAUGAACCUGGGAGGUAGCCCCGCCACUUGCGUCGGUGGUACGUGGACAAAGGUGGCGCGUUUUUAGUUUUCAUUUUCUCCUGUUUUUUUUUUUUUUCAUAGAGUUUUCGUGCGUGUUUCGUUCUUUCUUGUGUGUGAUCUGCCCUCAUAUUUGUCGGUAGCUUGGUAACUGCUGUGCGUGUAGUGUUUCAUUCCUUCAGUACGUUUAAAUCCUUGUCAAGGAUCGGCGAAGGGAGGGGAUGUACACGAACACAACACGUACGUGCUAGAUGUAGAUGGUGAGGAGUUUCGAGGCCUGUGUGAUGGGACGCACGGGUAGCGCUACCGCCUUUCUCGUGGUUGUUGCCCGCUAUUCCCACAAAAUCGGUGGUUUGGCGUUCUUAUUUUCCUGUACGACGGCCGCUAACGAGAACGAUGCUGGGUGCUUGAUACUGUUGGACGUACAGACAGACUCGAAUGUCUUUUCCGAGUGAUUGAGCUUCACUUGUUCGCGUACCAACGACGUAGUAGAUGGAUGGUGCUACGUGAACGUGUGUUGACGGUGGUUUUUGUGCAGCUGAGUACGUGUGUGAAAUUUGGUGUGAAACUAGAUGACUUCGGCAGGGAUGUGUGUAUGGGGUCACACCAUGUGAGUUUGUUUUUCAGUCCUUCCAAGCGAAUCUAUUUAAGAGUAGAGUGCACACUUCGCUUAACAAAUUAAGUGAGUAGUAGGCUACGGAUGAUGUAGGCUACGGAUGAUGUAGGCUACGGGAUGGUGAUGAGGUUCGCCACUGAUACAUGGCAUGGUUAGUAUCAACCAGGAACGAACAGCCUGUGUUCGAGUGUGGACCAGCUGGUGUGGACACGACAGUGUGUUUUGUUCGUGGAAUGAAAGGAAUGAAAAGAGA